GCAUUGACUCCACGCUGGGCCGUCCUGCCCAUGGGCUUCACCUCGAGCUUGUGGAUCGCGCAGAUGAUCAACAAGGCCAUGGUGGCGAGGUCUGCGCCCUCGCUGCCGGGGCCCCCUCUGCAGGACUGCGGGCCGCCGCUGGUGGCGAGGCCUGGGCUGGCAGAGGAGGCCGACAAGAUCGGCGUGAGCGACUGGCUGCGCGGCUGGAGCGAUCUGGUGGCGCAGACCGACAGCAGCCGCGAGGGCUGCGCCGUGGCGCGGGCCUUCUGGCCCCUGGGCGCCGCGAGGGAGGCGGGCCGCACCUCCGAGCGCCAGCGCUACCGGCGGGUCGGGUCUCGUCGCGCCCGAGAGAGCGCCGUCGAGACCGCGGGCUUCAGGCGGCAGGCGGACGGGAGCUGGUCGGUCGCCUCGGGGCCAGAUGAGUGGGACUGCGACGAGCCGCCCUCGGAGGCGGCGCGAGAUUGGGAAAUCGACAAGUCUUUUCCUGAGGACGUCCAGCUGGCCUUGCGCGAUCGUCUGGACUGCAGUUGCCAGGAGCUCGGCCUCUUCGAGAACGAUGAGCAGCUGGGCCGCGAGCCGACGCCGGCCGACGUCGGCGAGAGCAGCAGCGCCGACGACGAGGCGAGGGGUGGACCCGGCGCCGCUCGGCGGGCAGCGCUGAAGCGCACGGGCCACCAGAGGCGACGCAAAUUCCUGGACCUCGCCCUUGCGACCGCCGCGCCGGGCACGAGCACCUUCCUCGAGCAGAGCUCGGCGACUCCAAAGGUGCUGGGGCGAUGCGAGACCGAGGUCGGCGGCUUCAUCGGCUUCGCGGGCGGUCACCCACUGGUUCGCGACGAGCAGGCGGGCGCCGCGCUGGUGGGCUACUUCAACAUCCUGUUCUUCAAGGGCUGGGGCGCGAACAAGGGCGAGCAGGUCUCGGCUGGCUCGAUGCGCCUGGCGCCGGCGUUCUCGCGGGCUGGUGGCCGCCAGCUCCCCCGGGCCUUUCGCUGCCUGAAGGGGUGGCGGCGCCGGGCGCCGGGUCGCAGUCGGCGGAGCUGGCCGCUCGCCCAGUGGGCCGGCGUAGCUUGGCGGCUGGUGGAGCGGGGGUUGUUGCAGAUGGCUGUGUUCCUCCUGAUAUCCCCCAGCAGUUACUUGAGGCCGAUAGAGCUGAUGGGUCUGUGUCGCCGCGGUAUCAUUGCGCCCGCUGCGGGGGUCUCUCCAUUCUGGAACCUGGCCGCGCCCCCCUCGCAUCACGCGGAGCGGAGCAAGACGAACCUCAGCGACGUCAGUAUAGCGAUUGACUCCCCACAUCUGCAGCUUCUGGGACCGACCCCAAGAGUGCUGGCCAGCGGGCCACGGGAGGGGUCAGUCUGGACGUUCACGCACCCGCAGUACCUGAUGGAGUUCACAGCUGCGCUGGCUGGGCUCGAGAUCAGCGAGGCCACCGUGCCACGUCAGACAAGGCACUCGGGACCGUCGAUCGACAUCGCGCGGCGCUACCGCAACGCCCGGUCAGUGGGCGAGCGCGAAGAGGGUCCAACG